UGGUUAUAUUUCCUUAUAAUUGAUAUUAUAAACAUGAAUGAUAAUAAUUAUUAUAAGAAAUGUUAAUAUUGUCAUAAUUAUAUAUAAAAAUAAAAACGUUGUUAAUUGUUUUUCUAAAUAAAGUAGUAGAGGUCCCAUCAGUGGAAACAGCGCCACUCUGUCAUUAGACUGCACUCAGUGGUCACAGCAGGUAUUACCUGCAGCUCCUGCGCUCCACAGACACGGACACUAAUUGCGCACGCGCAAUGAGAUGAAUGGCCGCUGCACCUGACGGCCCACCAGGAAGUGUGGCGGACAAAUCCUCGGCCGUUAAUCCCCGCUCGGUACGGUAACCGGAGGAGGCACCGACAGUAGCAUGCUCAGCGGGUCGGAGCGCUCAGUCUGACCGUCGGCAGUGUCUCCGCUCCGGGCUCGGCCUCCGGGAUCGCGCCGCUGCGCAGUGAGUGCAUGCAGGCAGAGCGCGCGGGGCUGUCCGUCUCCUCCCCCCGCCCGUCGGGCUCCAGAACCCCGCUGCUGCUGAGCUGAAGCUCCGUGAGGCUCCGUGAAGCUCCGGUUAACGUCCACCCUGACUGCAAUGGGAUGCUGCGGUAGCGCGGAGAGGACAAAGAGAGAAUGGAGACCGCUGGAGGACCGGAGCUGCACAGACCUGCCCUGGUUCCUGCUCUUCACCGUCUUCUGCGUCGGCAUGGGCAGCAUCUGCGGCUUCACCAUCGUCACCGGCGGCGCCGCUCGCCUCGUCUUUGGCUAUGACAGCUACGGCAACACCUGCGGUCAACGCAACGAGCAGAUCGAAGGCGUCCGGCUCAGCGGCCUCGACCACACCGACAGGAAGUUCGUCUUCUUCCUGGAUCCCUGUAACAUCGACAUCGUCCAGAGGAAGAUCAGGUCCAUGGCCCUCUGCGUGUCUCUGUGCCCCCCCGAGGAGCUGCAGACCUACCAGGACCUGAAGAGGUUCGCCAUGCUCAACGGGUCCGAGCUGUGUUCCUACGAGUUAGCAGGUCAUAAAUAUCCCGGCCUCCCUGAGAGGUUCUCCAAAUGUCCCAAACUUCCUGUUCCACCCAGUAAGCCGCUGCCGGUGUUCAACCGCUGCACUCCGCUGGAUGUUUCAUGUUACGCAAAGUUUGCGGAGGCCGUGGUGACGUUUGUUGGUGACAACAGCGUUCUGCACCGACUGAUCGCCGGCGUCGCCGCCAGUAAAGAGAUCAUCAUCGGACUGUGUGUCCUCGCUCUGGUCCUCUCUAUGAUCCUCAUGGUGAUCAUCCGUUACAUCUCGGCCGUCCUUGUCUGGAUCCUCACCUCGCUGGUCGUCCUCGGGUCCCUUGCGGGGACCAGCGUCCUCUGGUGGCUCUACAUCGACCACCGACUGUACGGAAACGACACCGUCACUAAAGGGAUGAAGGAGGCCAAGGAUGAGGCCAAGGAGGAGGUGGCGGUCAGCAGAGACAGCGGACAGGCACUGCUCGUCUACGCCGUUGCCGCCACUGUCUUCACCAUCAUCCUGCUGCUGCUGAUGCUCUUCAUGAGGAAACGAGUCGCUCUGACCAUCGCUCUGUUCCACGUGGCGGGGAAAGUCUUCAUCCACCUCCCCCUCCUCACCCUGCAGCCCUUCGUCACCUUCCUCGCCCUCCUGCUCUUCUGGAUCUACUGGAUCCUGGUCCUGCUCUUCCUGGGAACCACGGGGAACCCGGUCCAGAACGAGGAGACGGGUCUGACAGAGUUCAGACUGACGGGGCCUCUGCAGUACCUGACCUGGUACCACGCUGUGGGUCUAAUCUGGAUCACAGAGUUCAUUCUGGCCUGCCAGCAGAUGACUGUGGCCGGAGCCGUGGUCACGUACUACUUCACCAGGGACAAGAACCGACUCCCGGUGACCCCGAUCCUGUCGUCAGUCCUGAGGCUGGUCAGGUAUCACCUGGGCACCGUCGCUAAAGGAUCCUUCAUCAUCACGCUGGUCAAGAUCCCCCGACUCAUCCUCAUGUACAUCCACAACCAGCUCAAAGGAAAGGAGAAUGCGUGCGCUCGCUGUCUGCUGAAAACUUGUAUCUGCUGUCUGUGGUGUUUGGAGAAGUGCCUCAACUAUCUCAAUCAGAAUGCAUAUGCAGCCACAGCCAUCAACAGCACCAGUUUCUGCACAUCUGCACGAGACGCCUUCGUAAUCCUGGUGGAAAACGCUCUGCGCGUCGCCACAAUCAACGCUGUCGGAGACUUCGUGCUCUUCCUGGGGAAGAUCCUGAUCGUGACGACGACGGCGUUCGCCGGCGUCCUCCUCUUGAACUACCAGCGGGAUUACGCCGAGUGGCUGCUGCCUUUGAUCAUUGUGUGUCUCUUCUCCUUCCUGGUGGCUCACUGCUUCCUGUCCAUCUUUGAGAUCGUGGUGGAUGUCCUCUUCCUCUGCUUCGCCAUCGACACAAAGUACAACGACGGCACUCCGGGGAAGGAGUUCUUCAUGGACAAAGCUCUGAUGGAGUUCGUGGAAAGCAGCCGGCGGUUGGAGCGGGCGGUGGAGCGUGGGCGGAGCCGUGUGAAGGAGGCGGUGUCGGAGGGGGCGGAGAUGAAGCCCAUGGUGAGUGACAGCGGUGGAGGGGGCGUGGCCAGGCGGAAGAGCUCAUCGGAGGAGGCGGGGACAGGGCUGGAUGGGGGCGGCGGGGAGUGGGAGGAGCUUCAGGAGUUCCAAGUGUACUACCUGUUGGUGGGGGUGCUGGUGGACUGGGUGCUGACGGAGCAGAGUGGCUUCGUCCUCUGCCUCAGCGAGGACGUCGUCCUCUUCCUCUGCGUCUACCUGCCCACCUCCACCCUCUUCCUCUUUGUCAGCCUGCUGAACACGCCAAGCCCCACCCCCUCCGCCACUAAACCAGCCGCCGUUGCUGCCGUGUGCUAACAGACACAAACUAAUGCAUGCUAGCUCACACGUGCUAAUGGAUGCAUGCUAACUGACGCACACUGUCCAGAGCAUGCUAACCUACAUCAUCAUCAUCAUCAUCAUCAUCAUCAUCAUCAUCAUCACAGCUGCUUCUUCCUCAACAUCUGGAACUCUUCAUUCACUUUCUGUUUAUUUGUAAUUAAGUUUUUACUUUUGUAUCUUUUAUAUUUAAACGUUUUUUAAUGAUUUUUAAAGUUGGUGUGUGUGUGUGUGUGUGUGUGUGUGUGUCUGUGUGUGUGUGUGUGUGUGUGUGUGUGUGUGUCUGUGUGUGUG